AUGACUCGCUCUGAUGGCUCCAUUGAGCGCUACAAAGCUCGUGUUGUUGCAAAAGGGUUUACACAGAAGUAUGGGAUUGAUUAUAAAGAGACCUUUACUCCGGUUGCUCAUAUCUCAUCUGUUCGUGCCCUCUUAGCUAUUGCUGCUGCCAAAAUGAAUAAAUUUAUCGUAUCAGGAGUCGCCAUUGUCGUUGUAGUAGGUGCAGUCAUUGGAAUCAUAGCCACUGUAAGCCAUACGGGCAGCUCUAGCAAGGAUGAUAAUGUAUCCACGACUUCAAAAUCAGUUAGUGCCAUUUGUAGUCCAACUGAUUACAAAGACGCAUGCAUUAAGAGCCUUAGCUCAUAUGCUAAAAAUCAAAGUGCUACCCCGAAAGACUUCAUUCAAACUGCUUUACAGGUCACCAUCCAAGAGGUGAAAGCAGCAUUACAAAAGUCUGGUGUCAUAGGGAACAGCACCAACAAUUCAACUCAGAAAAUGGCCGCGGAUGAUUGCAAGGAUUUGCUGCAAUUUGCAAUUGACGAGCUGCAAGCUUCGUUCUCAACGGUGGGUGACAGCGAGUUGCAUACCAUAAGUGAUAGAGAGGUUGAGCUCAAAAACUGGUUAAGUGCUGUGAUUUCAUACCAAGAGACAUGCAUUGAUGGGUUCACUCAGCCAGACCUGAAGAAUGAAAUGUCAAAUGGGCUUCUUAAUGCUAGUCAGCUGACAAGCAAUGCUUUAGCCAUUGUUUCUGCACUUUCUGAAAUCUUGACUUCCUUCAAUAUCCCAAUCAACACGACUGCAAGCUCUCGACGACUUCUUGAUGUUUCAGGAGUUGAUGACAAUGAAUAUCCUGAAUGGCUUUCAGCCAAGGAUAGAAAGCUAUUACAAAGCAAUAGCGGUGGGCAGGUGAAGCCCAACGCGAUUGUAGCAAAGGAUGGGAGCGGACAAUUUAAAACCAUCACUGCAGCUCUUGAUGCAUAUCCAAAGGCCAAUACUAGUAGAUAUAUUAUAUAUGUGAAGGCUGGAAUUUAUGAUGAGUAUAUUAAAGUUACAAAAAAACAGGUCAAUGUGUUCAUGUAUGGAGAUGGACCUCAAAAGACGAUAAUCACAGGAAAGAAAAGCUUCCGUGAGGGCAUCCCCACCUUCCAGACAGCCUCUUUUGCUGCGAUUGGACAUGGUUUUAUAGCCAAAUCAAUGGGAUUCCAGAACACGGCUGGUCCAGAGGGACACCAGGCUGUGGCACUCCGAGUUCAGUCAGACACGGCAGUCUUCUACGACUGCAGAAUGGACGGGUACCAGGACACAUUGUAUGUCCAAACCCAUCGCCAAUUCUAUAGCAACUGUGUCAUCUCAGGCACUGUUGAUUUCAUAUUUGGUGACUCUAGUACGGUCAUCCAGAAUUCUAAAAUCAUUGUUAGGAAGCCAAUGGACAACCAACAGAACGCAAUAACUGCUCAGGGGAGAAAGGAUAAACGUGAAAUCACAGGCUUGGUCCUCCAAAACUGCACUAUUGCUCCAGAGGCAUCACUCUAUCCUUUAAGACUCCAAAUCCGCUCGUACUUAGGUCGGCCAUGGAAGGAGUUCUCUCGAACUGUUAUCAUGGAAUCAACAAUUGGGGAUCUCAUUCAACCAGCAGGGUGGCUGGAAUGGGCUGGUAACUUUGCACUAGAUACGCUGUAUUAUGCAGAGUAUGCAAACCAAGGUCCAGGUGCCGCAACUGCUGGGAGGGUCAAAUGGAAGGGAUACAAAGUGAUCACAAACAGAAAUGAGGCUCUUCAAUUCACAGUUGGUUCGUUUAUCCAAGGAAACCAGUGGUUGGGAAACUCUACCGUACCCUACUACCUUGGGUUCAAAGGCACGCAAGCUUCAUGA